AAGUGAUAAAAGUUAACCUUGAGACCUUGCUGCCUCCUGCUGGCAAGGAAGAGUCAAUACAAGCUCUCAUGACUUUUUUCCACAGUAAACUUUUUAAUAAUUGUGAAAACUCCUGCUUCUCACACUGGCGCUGAAGAAUACUCUAGUGAUUCCAUUCCCACUCAUUCCUGCAGGUUAAUCUGUGGCAUCAGGAGAAUCAUUGACACAAAUCAAGUGUGAUUUAAAGCCAUCGUCAUAGCAACUUAAACCCUAAAGGCUUAUAUAAAGGCUACUUGAAUUGUUUGAUAUAUUUUUAUGAGGUGGAUUUUUGAACUUUAUUUUCAAUUGCCUUUUAGGAAAGGAUUUUUAAUAAGGAAAAAAAAUAAGUUGUUUUGCGCCAAAUAUCGAAAACUACAGGAAUAAAGAAUUAACUUAACCCUUAGAACACAGAGCAGAGGCUAUAAGAGAUAUAGAUAUAGUGUCUUAUAUCCUAUUUUUCAGCAAAACUUAGACAAUCUGAUGAAAAAAGAUAUAAUUUUCACCAACUAUAGAAACACACCUGAGCAAAAAGUACUCAAAAUGUUUAAAAUGGGAUUGAAUUAAUGAAAUUUGGUAAUACGUCACAGUCCAGAGUUCACUUGGCUCGUUUUUAUGAAAAACAGAAAAGAAUACAUUUUGUGACAUAUGCUCAAUUAUUGCUACUUUAUAUCACGACUAAAAAUGCGAUACAAUCAUCACUUUGACUCAACAACACAAAAAGAACCCACUUUUUUUAAAGCCUGAAUAUGUGACCUGUAAACACACACUCCCAGGACGUCCAUAUAAGGAGUUGUGUAUUAUUCCCACAGCAAAUUACCAUGGGUCUCUUCCAGUUUAAAUUUCAGCCUAAAAGUGAUAAAUUAACCUCGACUCUGCUGCCUUCUGCUGGUAGGCGAGUGUUGAUGCAGGCUUUUAUUUUGAAAGUAACAUUUUCCCUUCAUUCAAUGAUUGUUUUGUGGAUAAAACAUGGAUUAAUUUUUCCAGCUCGAGAGGGAGAGAGCUAAAAAAAACAAAAAAGCAUGACAAUAUUUAAUCUAGAUUCAAAUAUAAGCCUGGAUUUUCUUUACCCUGAAUUAUACUCCCAGGUGAUUCUGUGUCACUUAUCACAAGUGUUGGAUUCCUCCAGGCGUUUUUAACGUAUUCUCUUUCCUCUCUGAUGGAUACACUUACGCCACAGCAUCUCCGUGCCGCAGACGGGGACUAUGAGUUGUCGUACUCUGAAUAGACAGAUGAGAUGUUUCCCGCCUCAGGCAAAGGAAUUGGUGAACAUCCCCCUGCUUCAAUUCUCCAUUGUGCGUGCGUGUGACAAAGAUUUGUAUGUGUGGUAGUGUGCGUAACAGUGUGUGAGGGGACAUAGGUGUGAGGACGGGGGGGGGUGGAGUCCAGGUAAGUGAAGUGAAGUGAGGAAAGCGCCGUCAGUCUGGUGUCCGAGGUGAAAGUUGUGAGGAAGCGGGAAAUGGAAACAUGGAUCGGACCUGGAGUCUGGUUGUGUGUUUGGGCUUUGGGUUUUUUUCUGUGCCUGUUUCGCCUCAGGUUGCAGCCGGGACGUUGUUCCUUAUCUCAGGUCCAGAAUUGGUGCACGCUGGGACGCCUACUUCACUCGCUGUCACUGUCUUAUCAGACCUUCCCAGUCGGGUGACGGCUGAACUCACACAUGGCGACACCAGCGUAGCCCAGACAGAGGACUCUCAAGGAGGUAUGACCAAGGUCCUCACACUCCCUGCUGUUUCGGGCUCUUCUGUAACCCAUAAUUCCCUCUUAAACUUGACGGUGAGAGGCUACGUGGGGGGCAGUGCCGUUUUCACCAACACCACCGCCGUCAGAUUCCACCGCAGGAACGUCUUCACCUUCGUGCAGACGGACAGAACUCACUACCAACCGGGCGACACCGUCAGAGUCCGGAUCGUCUCCGUCCAGCUCGAUAACCGUCCAUACAAAGGCAGAGUGGAGAUCACUGUGCAGGAUCACGGUGGGAACGUUGUCAACAAUUGGGAGUCAGCAGGGAAUCUGGGGAUUGUGUUGCGGGAUUUCAGUUUGUCCCACGCAGCUCCUCUUGGACUGUGGACGAUCUCGACGACGAUCAACGGCGUGGCCGAUGAGAAAAACUUUGUUGUGGAGCAUCACGAUCAUCCUCAAUUCGAAGUGAUCGUGAAGACACAGUCGCGGGUCCUUGUUGGAGACGACAUGUCGGGAUCGGUCAGAGCGCUUUACCCCAGUGGACAACCUGUGCGGGGAACAUUAACCGUCUCAGUCGCUCUGGCCCCAGAUAUGGACGACGCAGCCGCUGCAGACAAACUCACACAAAGCAAAGACAUCUAUGGGUCCACACAGUUUUUCUUCAGCAAAGAUCAACUUGAAUCUCUUCACCCUUCAUCGGGACUUCACAGCGACCGCCGUGUGCACGUCGUUACCUCUGUUACCAGCAACUUUACAGGACUUACGUUGAACAGAACAGUCGAGGUCCACCUGACGCAGAACAUGUACCAGCUCGCGUUCCACGGUUUUCCGCCUUCACUCAGGCCGUCUUUGCACUUCUCUACAAAACUCAGGAUCUCCAGAUACGACCAGAAGCCCCUGAGCUCACAGGAUCUGAUGUACCUGGCCGUGGUCGAAGUCACUCAGAUAAAAUCUACGAUGAACGCGGAGCCGACGACGCUGACGUUCUCAGUGCCCGAGGAUGGGGACGUCCACGUUGAGAUUCAGUUACAGGAUCAUGUGGAGAUGCUCUUUAUUCUGGCCAGAUUCCAAUCAAGCGAGGAGACGCUGAGGGUCCAUAACAAGGACAUUUCUCCUAGUAGCUCAUAUAUUCAGAUAAUCCCAAUCACAACAUUACCUGCACAGGUUGGAUUACCUUUUCAAAUCGAUGUGGAGAGCACGUUUGAACCAGAUGCUCUUCACUUUGUGGUGAGUGCUAAAGGUCAGGUGCUGAGGGCCGGAACGUUCAAUUCCCUCUCUUUUUCUCUGACUCCGACACUGUCCUGGUCCCCCGAGGCCUGCGUCACAGUGUACUGCAUCCUCUCCAACGGGGAGGUCACCAGUGACACAGUACACGUACCCAUCGAACAACACAACCACAUAUCGGUCAUGUGGAGCACCCAGCAGGCCCAGCCGUUCGAUCAGGUGUCGCUCAGCGUAACUGCUCUUCAACCUGGAUCCCAGGUUGGAAUCGUGGUCAUGGGGAUGCACGAUGAUAAACCUCCGGAGGUCGACCUCGCCUUAAAAGAGAAGCAGGGUUGCUGUAUUUGGAUGCUGACCAGGACCAAACUUUAUAAGCAGGAGCAGUCAGAUGUUCCCGAAAAUGGUGAUGUUCUAAUGGUGGAGAAGUACUGGAGCCACUGGAUGGAUACCACGGAGUCCUUGCUGUGGAUAGACACGGAUCUAAGUGAUGAAACGUGGACAAGUGGGAAAAUCACAGUGCCAGAUGUUGUCACUGCUCUGGGAGCUGUGGCACUGGUCAUGUCAGACAGCCUGGGUUUGGGCUUCACUCCUGUGCCACUUCAGCUGACUGUGUCCAAAGGGUGCUCCAUGUCCUUGCAUGUCCCAUCGUACCUCAUAAGGGGAGAGGAGAUUGUGCUGGAGGUCAACAUCAUCAACCACUUGGAGCGCGAAUUGGAGGUCAUCGUGUUUAUUGCUCCGAGUAAAGAGUUCGAGUUUGUUUUGGGAGCGAGCGGGGACGUUUCUGUCGUAAACGCCCAAAUCCUCGCGGUAAAGAGUCACGACUCGGCCUCGGCGCUCUUCCCCAUAAGGCCUGUAGCUCUGGGCGAUGCUGAGAUAUCCGUGGACGCCGUUUGUGCGCAGACUACGGACAACCUCGUGUGGAGCGUGUUAGUGAAGCCUGAGGGAGUGGAACAGUCGUCCUCGGAGACUAUAUUCCUGGAGCUGCCACCAGAUAAGCAAGAACAAUCCAACUCCGUCUCCUUCCACUUUCCAGCAGAUGUGGUUCCGGGCAGCCAGCGCGCAUAUGUGGCACUGGUUGGCGAUAUCUUGGGCCUGUCCCUCAGUCACCUGGACUCGCUGGUGCAGCUGCCUCUCGGUUGUGGGGAGCAGAACAUGAUCCGCUUUGCUCCCAGUGUUUUUGUUCUCCAGUAUCUGGAUAAGCCCGGUCUGGAUGAUGAGGAGAUCAGGAAAAUGGCUCUGGGUUAUAUGAUGGAAGGUUAUCAGAGACAGCUGUCCUUCCAACGAGACGACGGUUCAUUCAGUGCAUUUGGAGCCAGCGACUCCUCUGGCAGCACGUGGCUGACGGCGUUCGUGCUGCGCUGCUUCGUCCAAGCUCGAUCGUACAUGACGAUAGACAACAGUGUCCUCACCAGAGCCAUGAUGUGGCUCCUGGGACAACAGGGGCCACAGGGAGAGUUCACCGAGGUGGGCAGCUUGAUCCACACGGAGACUCAGGGAGCACUGGACCGUGGUUCAGUGGCGCUCACUGCUUAUGUACUGAUAGCGCUGCUGGAGGACGACACCUAUGUGGACGUGUACCCGGGCAACGUGUCCAUGGCUCAAACGUACCUGGAGGGCAAAGUGUCCAGCGGGGUGGUCGGUAACUACAGCCUGUGUUUGGUGACCUACGCAUUAGCUCUGGCCAACAGUCCUGCGACUGACGCGGCCCUGUCUGAACUCAUGGGAAGAGCGGAUUAUGCAGAUGGAGUUAUGAUGUGGGCGUCCUCUGCCGGCCUGACUUCACGUGACGGGCAGCCAUACGUGGUGCAGAUAGAGAUGAUUUCCUACGUGCUGCUGACUCUGUACAAGCGCGGUAACUUAGUGGACGGCUUUGUGCUCCUGAAGUGGCUGAGUAAGCAGAGGAAUCACCUGGGAGGCUACGGGUCAACACAGGACACAGUGGUUGCUCUCCAAGCUCUGUCUUACUACGCAGCAUUCAGCGGCGCCAGCGCCAUCGACCUCCAGCUGGAAGUGUCCGCUCCAGAAUCCUCCUUCGCCUCCGUGUUCUCCAUCAACUACACCAACUACAGGACGUAUCAAAGCCUCGAGCUUAUCGAUUACAGCGGGGGUCUUCUCAACAUACACAUGGAAGGCAGAGGAUUCGCUCUGUUUCAGAUGAAUAUGUUUUACAACGUGAACCUAAAUCACACCUCGGACGAGGAGGCUUUCUCGCUGCAUGUCGGCGUUUCUGAAGAAGACCACGAUCACAUUCUACUACGUAUAUGCAUGAGAUUAAAGGACAGCCAGGUGAUAUCUCACACAGGUAUGGCCAUACUGGACGUGGGCAUACUCAGUGGUUUCAGGCUUCCCUCCACAGCUGCUGCCCCAACGGAUCUCAUCAGGAGGGUGGAGAUACAUCCUGAGAAAAUUAGCCUGUACCUGGAUUCAGUUACCAAGUCCGAGGUUUGCCUCACACUUCCUUUCAUACGAAACUACAAAGUAGCCCGCGUGCAGGACGCUGCAGUGCACCUCUAUGACUAUUAUGAGCCUCAGAGAGAAGCAUGGAGAACGUACACCUCGGAGUUCCUUCACAACAUGGACGUGUGCUCUUUCUGUGGUCCGAACUGUGACCUCUGCAGACCCGGAGUCCCCAUUUCGUUCUCGCACCUCCUCACGUCGCGCUCGGGGAACAGUGCCACCUGCAGCCUGAGUUGCUUAUUGUUUGCGGUCACUUUUUUUCUAAAUUGAAAUCUAAAUACACAGAUUUCUUUUCUUCUUACUCUUUCUUGACAAAUGAUUGUAACAUUUAGACCUAUACACCUAUACAUUAUACCAUGUAUAUAUAUAUAUUUUUCUUUUUUAAUUGGAUUAUUAAAAACAACAUAUAUAUAAAACCCAGAGAAUUAAACGGUGAAAGAAACUGUGUUUAUUCUCCUGCUCCAUUGUACUUUCCAACAAAUGUCUGUUAUUUGGAUGUCAUGACUGA